GCAGAGAACAAGACUUGCACGAUCAAAGGAGCGGAAGGGCAAUGGGAAGAGGUGGGGGCUUGAAAUGGUGAAGGGGCGUGGGCUUCUUACUGACCUGCGAGUCGACAAACGCCUCCAGACGACAGAAGAAGAGCACAGCGCGAACGGGACGACGCGCAAGGUCUACAGUCGCGUGACGUUUUCGUUAGUGCCCCCCGCUGUCGACGAUUGUUGGAAGAACGAGGGCCUGGAUGCGCAAGGGGCCUGCGAUAUGAUGCCGGCGACUUCGAGCGAUGGCGGACGCGACGGCUCCAACCCAUUGCAACCACCAUGCGGGCCGCUCUUGUUCUUCGCAGUUCGCGCCGACAGAACGCGUCUCGCAGGGUCCAUCGUCCAAUGGGUCGACGUUGGCGAAUAUAAUUUCAAGUUUACGUUGAAGAAGCAUUACAGAAGUGAUGGUUCCGUCGACGACAUCGUAAAAGGAUGCAAGGUUUCUGGGAGGAUGUUCGGCGGGUACGGUCGGCGUGCGAUGUCUUUGUCGUACUUUGUCCCGCUAGCGCCGGGGCACGACGAGGCCGUUCACGUGACAAACUUCCUCGAGGUCUGGGCGAGAUCUGGUACCUCUGUCAGUGUCGUGGACGUCGGACCUGGGACAUCAAUCAGUGGUCCUGUUGGGUUCGCAGGAGGAGAGUGCUCUGGAAGGGGGAUGGGAGGUCAGGGUGGACUGCCAGCUACGCCUCUUGAUCAAGAGGUGGCCGAGGUUUCGUCUGGAGAUCGCGCGGGUGGUCCGCAGGUUCGAGAGGUGUGUGGGUCAGAUGAGACGACUCGCCGGGCCCGACCUGCGCCUGCGCAACUGCAUACGGAGUUGAGCCUGGAACGAGAAGCAAGUGGGAACAUCGCCGGUGAGGAGGAGGUGUCCGCGCAGGGGUUGUUCCGUGAGAGAUCGGUUAAAAAGACUCAGUCGCGAGGAAAGCGCGACUUGCCGGAUGAGGAAAAGCGAGAGGGAGUAGGUGCUCUGAAAAGGCAGAGAAAGGUACGAGGGAUUGCUCGGACGCCAACAACACGAGAAGGCGGUUCCGUUGAGAAGAGGAAAAGGGUUGGAGGUGGGGAUGAAACGCCAAAAGACUCAUCGACACAGCGAAGAACCGGUGAGUCUUCCGGGAAACAGUCGAAAUCAUCGAGGGGGAAGAAAGCAGAUGAGGGCGACAGUGGGGAGGGAGAUGACGACGUGGACACUAACCUCAACGCCUUCAACCUCGACAAUGCGUUCUUCCUCGAGAUGCAGACAGGGGUGCAGAAGGACGUCGUUUUGUCUAUGCGGGACAUUCGCAAUAUCUGGAAAAUUAAGGGCAAACCGCGUGUGGUACUCGGCAAUGCGUCGCAAAAAAAGGACGAGGUGCGAAAGUGGGUGCAGUUCAUGGCGUUGGCUAUGAAGAAGACACCGUACACGCCUUUGUGGAACCUGUUAACGGAAGAAAAGAAAAGAAAGGAAUGGGCUGAGAAACUUCGAUACUACCUCCCGCUGGCCAUGGCAGAUGACUCCGUCUUCACUUUGGGAGAUAAGUUCUAUGAGGAGUGGUCGAAAGGGAAACUCCUUGCUUCCGACGGCCGACGUUGGACUGAAAAGCCGCCCACCCAUGAGGAGGUGGCCAAGCCAGGACUCUCCACUGUGAGUGACAGCCAGGAGCUGAAGAAACACGUCUGGUACGUGAAGGUGGACGACCCGUCGUUGAAAAAGGGCAAGGGGAAGCCAAAGAAAGGCGCGGAGGAGAAAACUUUCUACGUCCAAGUUCCUAAGCCGGAUGUCCACUGCUGGAAGGAAUUGGUGGACUUGACGGACCGCGAGAAGAAAAGACAACACGGCGUCUUGAACCUUAACGUCGUGUGGGUUCAAACGAGUAGCAAGAAGUUGGCCGAGCAGGGGAAGUUCAGUGUCAAGGAGAUGGUCGACAUAAUAAAAAUGGACCGGAUUAUGCUGAGGCUGUGGAACUACAUGGAGUUUGAGUACGAGGAAAUGGAUAAGCGGAAGUGGAAUGCCAACUCCACGUUCUUCAGGUCCAAGAAGCAACUGUUCGAAGAGUUCAAGGACAAAGGUCUCGACGACAAGCUUUGGAACGAGAGCAGGAAAUUCUUCACGGACUCCACGUACGUCAACAAGUGCCCUCGGUUUCUCGGGUGUCAGCACGACAACAACAUCAAGAGAACGGCGACCCUCAUCAACGACCAACAUUUCCUGACGGAGUGGAAACGUGUCGUCCUUUCGGUGAUCACGGGAGAUCGCGCGAAAGGCAAAAAAAGCCCUCGGGGCAUUGAUGAAUGCAUCAACAUUAUGUGGACGAGGACAAGUGCCUUGACGACGCUGACCUAGUUUAACGUCGACCCAUUGAGUGCCAUAGAUCAUAAGGAGGCGCUGGGAAAACUAGGGCAUCAGCUACGCUCC